AUGCGCACAACCACGGAUGCUACGCACGACUAUAUGCAGAUUGAGGAAAGCCAUGAAACAGCGAAUAUUGAAACGAGUCACGAGGCAGAUCCGCAUCAUAUGGAUUUGGAUGUUUCAACCGGCAGCCUGGAGAAGGGCGUAGAGAGUGUAACAAUAGAAGGUGUGGAGAAUGGGGGUG